AUGGGCAAGAAGCGGGGGGCGUCGGGGCGUGGUGGGGGGGGCCUGGGCCGGUCGCUCAUCCGGGAGUGCAGCCAGCCGCGGGGGGGCCGCCGCGCUGCAGCCGGUUGGCUCCACACGAGUGAGUUAAACGAUGGCUACGACUGGAGCCGCCUCAGCCUGCAGUCGGUCACGGAGCAGAGCGCCCUGGAGGAGUUCCUGGCCACAGCCGAGCUGGCCGGCACCGAGUUUGUGGCUGAAAAACUGAAUGUCAGGCUUGUUCCUGCUGAGGCUGGGACUGGCCUGUUGACUGCCAAAGAGACGGAAGAGAUCCGUGAGCUGCAUGAGCAGAACAAGCAUUUCUUGCGCAUCCCGCGGCGGCCGCAUUGGGACAAGCACACCAGCCCCAGCUCAUUGGACCAAGCGGAAAGAGACGGCUUUCUGGAGUGGAGGAGGCAGCUUGCUCGUUUAGAGGAAGAAGAGAAGCUCAUUUUGACUCCGUUUGAACGGAAUCUGGAAUUUUGGCGGCAGCUUUGGCGAGUCCUUGAAAGGAGUGACGUGGUGGUGCAGAUCGUAGAUGCCAGGAACCCCCUCCUCUUCAGGUGCCCUGACUUGGAAACUUACGUGAAAGAGCUCAGCCCAGAGAAGGAGAACCUCCUUCUCCUCAACAAGGCUGACUUCCUGACCGAGGAGCAGCGGACCGCCUGGGCGUGCUUCUUCGAGGACAAAGGGGUGAAGGUGGUCUUCUGGUCAGCCUUGGCGGAGGAGAGGCGCCUGGCAUUGGCCUGCAAGGCUGCAGAGGUGCCUGAAGGGGAUGCUGAGCGGCAGCCCUCCCCGAGGAGACCGGCCUCUCCCUCAUGGCCACCUGGAAGUGGAGAGCAGGAGAGCGACUCGGAAGAGCACAGCUCGGAGGAGGAGGAAGAGGAGUACCAGGACUGCCAGGAGGAGGCGUGGCUGACCUGCUCGGAGGAGGCGGAGGGCGAGGCCCCAGCUCAGCCCUCCGGGGGCAGGAGGACUAGCGGUGCUGAGGAAGCAGGGCCAGGUCCCCAGCACAGCCGGCCCCUCCGGAACAGCAGCCACGUCAUCCAGAGGGAUGAACUCCUGGAGACUCUCCGAGCCGUCCACACCGGCAGGAAGCUCAAAGAGGGCGAGGUCACCGUGGGGCUGGUGGGUUAUCCCAACGUGGGAAAGAGUUCGACCAUCAACACUAUCCUGGGCAGGAAGAAGGUGUCCGUGUCGGCCACCCCGGGGCACACGAAGCAUUUCCAGACGCUGUACGUGGAGCCUGGCCUCUGCCUCUGCGACUGCCCAGGCCUCGUCCUGCCCUCCUUUGUGGCCACGAAGGCCGAGAUGGUUUGCAGCGGGAUCUUGCCCAUAGACCAGAUGCGGGAUCACGUCCCCCCCGUCUCUCUGGUUUGCCAGCGGAUCCCGCGACACAUCUUGGAGGCAACCUAUGGAAUCAACAUUGUCCGGCCUCGCGAGGACGAGGCGCCUGACCGGCCCCCGACAUCGGAGGAGCUCUUGGUGGCCUAUGGAUGUAUGAGAGGGUUCAUGACAGAUCAUGGGCAGCCGGACCAGCCCCGCUCAGCCCGCUAUGUGCUGAAGGACUUUGUCGCUGGCAAGCUGCUCUACUGCCACCCCCCUCCUGGAAGAGACCCUGAGGCCUUCCAGCUCUCUCACAGCGGGGGGGCUGCAGGCAAAGGUGGGUACCCCCCCGCGAGCCGGAACCCGAAGGCCAAGCAGAUUGAGAACACGGUGGACAGGGCCUUCUUCCACCAGGAGAACAUCCGAGCCCUGACCCGGGGGCCCCAGUCUUCAGUGGGCUUUAGGGUAGGCACAGCCCCUCUGGGGCAUCUGGCCUCCAACGCUGAGGCAAGCCGAGGCAAACCCUGGAAGAAGCACGGCAACCGAAACCGGAAGGAGAAAAUCCGCCGCCUGACCAAGCACUUGGAGGCCUGA